AACACUUUCCUUUCCCUUUACAAAAUGUAUGAAAUGAAAAUCUAAACAAACUCAAAACCCCCACAAUCUUUCAGUUCUUUUUGAACCACUCAUCAUGGAGCUCCCUUCACUCUCUUUCUUUUCUCCUCUCCCUCUCUGUUACCUAAUGCCAGUGCCUAGGAGUUCUACAACGUUUCCUUGUUUGCCGUUUAAAGGAGCUUAUUUUGGCUACUCUGUGUGUAAAAAAGCAACUUUGAGAAAUGCAUAUAAUUCUGCUCAAAUGUGUAUUUCUAGGAAGCAUGAUGGUGAAUCUCGGUGUUAUUUUAAUCCAAAUGGUGGUUUAAAUGGAUCAUAUUACAAUAAUAAAUUACAUAACCGUAACAAAUUGUCCAGAUACAUAGUUGUGAGAUCUGAACUUGCUGGGACUGGGAAUCCUGAUGCUGCUGAUUCUUUCUCAGAAAUUAAACUGCGUUCAAAAGGUAAAGGAGUAUGCUUUUAUGCUGUCACAGCUAUUACAGCCAUUUUACUGAUUGGAUUUAUGAUGGCGGCACAUCCCUUUGUGCUCUUGUUUGAUCCCCACAGAAGAAAAGCUCAGCAUUUUAUUGCCAAACUUUGGGCUACAGCAACUAUUGCUCCAUUCUUUAAAAUUGAGUUCGAAGGAUUGCAGAAUCUGCCUUCACAGGAUGUUCCUGCCGUAUAUGUUUCCAACCACCAGAGUUUUUUAGACACAUAUACACUUCUAACUCUUGGAAGAAGCUUCAAGUUCAUCAGCAAGACUGGGAUAUUUCUUUAUCCCGUUAUUGGUUGGGCCAUGUCUAUGAUAGGCAUAAUUCCAUUAAAGCGCAAUGACAGCAGAAGCCACUUGGAGUGUCUUAAGAGAUGUAUGGAUCUUAUCAGGAAUGGUGCCCCCGUCCUUAUCUUUCCAGAAGGCACACUGAGUAAGGAUGGGAAAUUAGGUGAUUUCAAGAAAGGUGCAUUCAGUGUUGCAGCCAAAACUGAAGUGCCUGUCAUUCCCAUUACCUUAAUUGGCACAGGCAAAAUCAUGCCUGCAGGAAUGGAGGGUAUCAUAAAUUCAGGAUCUGUGAAAGUUGUUAUUCAUAAGCCAUUUGAAGGAAGUGAUCCAGAAAUAUUACGCCAUGUAGCUAGAAACACGAUUUUAGAUACACUUAAGCGUCAAGGCUGAGAAAUUGUCUUGUAUGUAUGACCUCUGGUUGAUUUUAUGGCUCAAACUUAAUCCUUUUAUUUCUGAUUUAAGGAACAUGAAUGAAAGGUACAAAAAGUUUCCCUUUCCCUUAUCGAAACAAUGCAUGUGUUUUUUAUUUAAUUUUUAGCAAAAGAGAUGUGAUUGUGCAGUCUUUUUCUCCCAUCUUUCUGAUUUUAGACUUCUAUUUAUGUUCCUCUUUGGAAAAAGCGAAUUCUAAACCAUUGUUUUUGAAAUUUGGAUCAAGGUUUCAUUGGUAGAAGUUAGUGACGAGAUUGAUAACAUAUUUUUGACAUCAGGAUGUUGGUUUUUACUCCAAGUAUAAUUAGUUCUAUGCUGAACCCUUUUUCUGCAUGUUAUUGUAAUUCUGAAGUAGCAUCAUCUAGUCAUAAGUGAUCAGCUGCUGGUUUUAAUCACUUUCAUUUUGCAUCUAACAGGCUCCGAGGUUGUAUCUGGGACCUUGGGAUCUCAUCUUUUCUGGUGGAUGAUCCCUGCAAUCCGGGCUGUAACAAUUUAACAAGUCGGCCAAGCUACCGCCCAAGUUGGCUUCAAAUUUUCUUUUCAUAUCAUAUCUUGCAUUUGUGGCCAUUCCUUAGUAGGAGUCCAGCACAAAUUUUUGCUUUUCCGGAUAAAACUUGGUUGUGUAACAUUUUUUCAGACAAUACUUGCAAAUUUGGGGCUAUAAAUUAAAAGAUAAAUACUCUGAAGAGAUCAUUUUCAUGUCUCUUUCUUUCUUUCUUUCUCUCUUUCUCUCUCUCUUUAUAUAUGUAAUAAAAUAUAAAUGUUGAUAUAAACAAAGUAGAAAGAUGAAUCAAAAUCCGGUGUAGAUAUCAACGAGGUCAAAGGGAUUAAGCCAACUAAGUAAGGAGCGGGCAGAGCCUUGCAGGGCUCCCACGUCGGCCUCCAAUCGCCUUGACCUCUUCUUCUUUCAGAACUUCAGCUUAAGCCCCUGGUCCAGGGUUUGAA